UUUAGAAUUGUUACCUCUGUACAAACCUGUAAAAUGAGCUGACAGCUGUGAUGUAAUUGUGAGUGACCAACAAUGCCCCUGAAGUAGAAGACCAAUGAACAGCAUAUAAGAUCUAUCGAAAUGGUAAAAGGCAGUAUCACAGAACAUUUUUCCUGGAACAACUUGAAGCCUGUACAUUCUGAACCAAUAUUAUUUGUAGUAUCACAGUGGCAAUCUAACAAAACUCAAUCAGGCGUCAUCUAUUUGAUCUAUCGUACCGCGGUAGCUGCGUUUCUGCUGACAACAUGGGGUAUGACCUUCAUGGAAUCUUCCUGGCCAAUUUUCCUCACAAAUUGGGGAUACACGCUGGUUACCUUUCAGGCUACGUUGGGAUUUGUUCUGAGCUGUGCCACCGUCUUGUCAAACGUUUUCUCUGCGAAGAACAUUCACGAUAGCUUCCUGAAGCUAUACCCAGUUUAUUGGGUAUUACAUCAGAUGGCAGUGUCUAUCGGUUUUAUGAUAACUAUCAUAUUUUGGACGAUACUGGCACCAGGUAUGCCUUUCGUGCUUUUAAGCUUCUUCGUCCACGGUUGUAAUUCGAUUUUACUGUUCAUAGAUCUGUUGAUUAUUGGUCAUCCGAUUCGAAUUCUCCAUUUUGUAUAUCCCUUAAUGUUUGGGGUAUCCUAUGCCAUAUUCAGUGUGGCUUAUUAUUAUUAUGACAUUAACAGAGGUGGUUCAGGAUACGUAUAUUUUAUACUAGACUGGAACAAACCAUUGCCAGCCUUUCUAGUUGUGUUGGGAGUAGCACUUUUAAUUGUAUUUCUACACCUUUUUUCAUUCAUAAUCCAUACAUUGAAACUACUAUUGCAUAACCGAUUAUAUCCGGAAAGCGCUAAGUCGACAACCAACAAAACCCAGAGCACAGAGCAACUCCCUGUUUAGAAAUGAAAAGAUGCCAAAGAAGACCCAAUUUUUAUAUUUGUACUUGUAAAAUAUUUUUUCUAUUUAUACCG